AUGACAGAUGUUGACAAUAUUAUCAAACACAAUCAGAAAGUUGUAAUAGAAAUCAUCUUGGCUACGAACACUCUAAGUGCCUUAGGUGCAAUUUUAAUGAUACUAACUUAUUUUAAGUACAGAUUGUUAAAUUAAUAGAUUUAAAGAACUAUAAACAUUUGCAUUUCGAAUAGUGCUUUUUCUAAAUAUAUCUGAUCUUAUUUUAGCUUUAUCUAACAUGUUAUUAGUAACAGAUAACUUCUAAGAUAGUAA